AUGGUGGCCGACAAAACUGAUGCUGAAGCUCCGACGAUAAAAGAAGAAAUCCCUCACGACUAUCUUUUCAAAGUGACUGGACUGUCUUCCAGUAAUUUGGAGAAAUUAGCUCAAGAACCAGAAGCGGACUUUGAGGUGGCUAUAGCGGCAACCGGCUACGGAAGGUUCAACGUGGCGCUGAUGCUGUGCACACUGCCCGCCUUUUGGAGCGCGGUCUCGGUCACCAGUUCCGUGUCGUACAUCUUCACGAGGGCGCAGUGCGACAUGCAGCUCACCCUGCUCGAUAUGGGCACAGUUAAUGCAAUCACCUAUGGAGGUAUGAUCUCAUCAGCCAUGUUGUGGGGUUUCCUGUCCGACACGCUGGGCAGGCGACAGAUCCUGGCAUGGGGAUUCUUCUGCUCUGGUAUUGUGGAGAUUGCAGCCGCGAUGAGUCAGAGUUUCACAAUGCUGCUCGUCACUAGGUUCGCCAGUGGGUUCUUAUUCAACGGACCCUUCGCAGUCCUGAUCUCUUACAUAGCUGAGCUCCACCGCACAGAACUUCGCGCCAGGGUCAUCCUUCUCACUAGCCUGUUCUUCACCAUUGCCAACACGACGCUGCCCCUUCUUGCCUGGGCGAUACUGACCAAUGACUGGGACUUUUACCUCUUCGAUGACACAUUCGUGAUCCACUCAUGGAACCUGUUCCUCCUGGCGACCGCGCUAGUGCCCCUGCUCACUGGGCUGGCGUUCACCUGUCUGCCAGAGAGUCCCAAGUUCCUAAUGUCGAGGGGGCGAAACACUGAAGCGUUGGAGGUGUUCCGAAAAAUAUACUCGAUGAACACCGGUAACUCCAAGGAGAGUUAUCCAGUGACUAGGUUAGUGCAGGAGAGAUCGCAGCAACAGGGUCGGGGGGUAGAUGCGUUGAAAGGAGGCUGGACCCAGCUGGCGCCGCUGUUUAAACCACCCCAUGGUGCUUGGCUUCUGCUCAUGUGUUCAAUUCACAUGGGAUGCAUGUUUGGUUCCAACACCCUCCGCCUCUGGUACCCUCAGUUGGCAGCGAUGAUCGGGUCAGACGUCAAUGGAACGCUGUGUUCAGCGAUCGCCCCUGUUACUACAUCUACGGAGAGCUCCUGCACGCCACUAGAGACGGACAUGCUCACCUACCUACAGAGUGCUAUGGUCGGCGCCGGCUCCGUACUCACUUAUAGCAUCGGUGGCGCUAUAGUUAAUAGAUGCGGUAAAAAGCUGGUGGCAGGCUUCUGCGGCAUAGUUAGUGCCGUGACAGUUGUGUUGAUGCCGUUCCUGGGUACAGGGGCCUUCGCCGUGGUCGCGAUGGUCACCACUGCGCUUUCCUUCACUUCUCUUUGCGGAGCAUCAUUGUCUAGCAUCAAUGUAGACUUAUUUCCUACGUCUUUAAGAGUAAUGGCUAUGGCGACGUUCCUAAUGAGCGGACGUUUGGGCACCAUCGCCGGAACUGUCAUUUUUCCUGCCCUCAUCGACUACGGUUGCCUGCCACCAUUUCUUACUAUUUCCGCCGUUUUGGCUGUUUGCGGUUUCGGAUGCUUCCUCGUUCCAAAUACAACGCUGAAGAAACUGGAGUAA